AUGUCUGGCUUAGAAAACUUACAAAACUUGUCGAUCAAUCCAUCCGCAACUCAACAACAACAAUACCACCACCAGCAGGCACAAUAUGCUCAACAGCAAGCUUUGAAAAGAAGAACUGCUAGAGACUAUCAAUUUGGAGCAAGAAUAGGAGAAGGGUCUUACUCGACCGUAUACUCGGCCUUGGAUAAAUAUACCAAUCGAACUUACGCUAUCAAAGUUUUAUCCAAACGACAUAUCGUCAAGGAAAAUAAGAUCAAAUAUGUAAACAUAGAAAAAACAACAUUAAACCGUUUGGGACAACAGCAUCCGGGUAUUGUUCAAUUAUAUUACACAUUCCAGGAUGAAAGCAGUUUAUUUUUUGUUCUUGACUUUGCUGAGUAUGGUGAGCUUUUAUCAAUCAUUAGAAAAUUUGGAUCCUUAUCAGAACCGGUGCUGAAGUUCUACAUGUGUCAGAUAGUAGAUGCGGUAAAGUUCAUUCAUCUGAAAGGUGUUAUCCAUAGAGAUUUGAAACCAGAAAAUAUCCUUGUUGGACACGAUUUUAAUUUGAAAAUCACAGAUUUUGGUGCAGCGAAAUUGUUAGAUACUAAUGAUGAUCUGUCAACAACUGAGAAGAUUGAUUACAACUCAAUUGAUCCUGCUAUGCGUGAAGUGUCUACAAAUGAUAGAAAGGGUUCCUUUGUUGGCACUGCCGAAUACGUGUCUCCCGAAUUGCUCAAGUAUAAUAUUUGUGGAUUUGAAUCAGAUGUUUGGGCGAUAGGGUGCAUGUUGUAUCAAUUUUUCCAUGGUGUGCCUCCAUUCAAGGGUAAUACUGAAUACUUGACAUUUGAGAAAAUUAUUAAUCUUGAUUAUUCUUACAAAUCUCCAGUCCCAUUACCUUCGGAUGUGAUCCAAAUAAUUGAUCAAAUUCUUGUUAUUGAUCCAGCUCAACGCAUAACAAUUCCACAGAUAAUAAAUUCUAAUUGGUUUUCUGAAGUGCCGUGGGACGAUCAAAACUAUAUCUGGCACAGAAAGGUACCUAGAUUUGAACCUUUUGGUUCUGUCUCUCAGCCCCCACCUGCAAUCCCAAUGCUCAAAAACGGUACCAAUAGAAGUGCUAGCAAGUCCAAUUCUUAUCAUCAAUUACAAUCACAAAUCCAAGCUUCUGAAUUUGGAUUCAUCCCGUCAAUAGCUGCUAAGAAGUCAUACAAACCACCUACAGCUAUAAAGAAGAAUGUGCCAAUUGCACCAACCAACCAAAUGGCUUAUAACAAUGGUAACUUUUCACCAUCUCCAAUUAUUCAACCAUCAGCACCUCCUCCACAAACCCCACCAUCCCCAAGUAGGGGCCAACAAUUCCAACAUCAACAACAGCAGCAACAGAACAGAAAUGCACCUGCAAUUAGUGCAGCUGCUUCUUCAAUGCACCAUCAAAAUGGAAAUACUCAAGUAAGACAACAGCAACUGGUACCUCCACAACAACUGCAAGACCAAACGCCAGUGGAAAAGAAGCGUAUGAGUAACAUAAGAACAAAUACUUCGUUUGCCAAUUUGGUUCCGAGUUCAAAUGGAAAUGCAAGAGUCCAACAACAACAACAACAACAGUCGUAUCACGCGCAACCGUAUAUAACUCCUCAAACACAAGUUAAUCGUUCCAAUGAACAAAUAUCAGGAAAAAACGCUGCAGCUGCGCUGGCUGCGGCCUUUGCAUCCAAACCACCUACUUCAACUCGUCCUGUUAUUGCUCAUACUCCACCUCCCUCAACUAUCCCACCUGCUCGACAACAGCAGCAGCAACUACAAACUUCAUCCAAAUCUCCAAGGAUCGCACAGGCAGCACCAAAAACAACAAAAGAAAAUUGUGUUAAGUUCAAGGAGAUUUCAGAGCUUUUAAGACCGGAUGAAAAGAUAUUGAAAAUGGACACAUUAUUCAAACUGGUGUUGGGCCAUGAAUAUCUCAGCAACUCUCAAUCUGAAGUGUUGGAUGAUUCUGUUCUUGACAAAUUAACUACUGAAAAUAAAGGCAUUCUUACUGGAGACGCUAAAAUCGUCAUUGCUGUUGUUACCAAUAUGGCAAGAGUAUUCUUCAUUGAUGCAUCUUUGAAUGUCAUGUUGGUUGAUUUGAAGGCUAAUAAAGGGGCUGAUUAUCUGAUGUAUGACUAUGAAUUUGAGAACGUUGUGGAUGAUGAUGGGAAUAUUAUUCCUGAAAGUGACGAGGUGUUUGGUUAUUUGAUUAUUGAACUCGUUAAAGAAGGGGGAGAUUUGGUCUUUUUGAAAAGAAUCAGCGACAGAGAAAGAACCAAGUUGGGUAAUAUGUUAAAAGUUGUGGAUAAGCAUGGACACGAUGUAGUAAUAGGAACAAGUCAUGGGUGGAUAGAUUGCUUAUUAAUUGCAAAAGAAAUAUCCAUGGAACAAUAUUUAGAAGUCAGAUCUGCGACUUCAGGUGCAUCAUCAUCAAACAAUAGUAUCUAUGAUGUCAAGACAGAGAAAUCUAAAAAGAAAUCGUCAUCUUCAUCUAGUUCUAAGAAAAAGGCUUCUAAAUCAAAGAAAAAACUGACAUCAAAUGGGUAUUCAACCCCGCCGCAAGGACAAUCAUCAAAAUUUGCAUAUGCUGCAGCAGCAGCUGUUCAUAAUCACAAAUGA